AGAGCGCUUGCUGGCAGCCGGAGGAGGCGGCGGAGGGAGCGCGCGGCCCGGGGACUCGCCUUCCCCGGCCCCCCUCCGCCCCACGCGGCCGGGCUAUGGACGCCAGGUGGUGCGCCCUGCUGGUGCUGGCCGCGCUGCCCUCCCCGGGGGCCGGGGGGGACGCGCCCGAAGCCCCUCCGGAGGCGUGGACCCAGCUGUGGCUCUUCCGCUUUUUGGUGAAUGCCGCCGGCUAUGGCAGCAUCAUGGUGCCCGGCUACCUCCUGGUGCAGUACUUCAGGCGGAAGAACUACCUGGAGACAGGCAGAGGUCUCUGCUUCCCUCUGGUGAAAGCCUGUGUGUUUGGCAAUGAGCCCAAGGCCUCUGAUGAGGCUCCCCUGGCUCCCCGGACAGAGACAGUAGAGACCACCCCCUCUUGGCAGGCCCUGAAGCUGGUCUUCUGUGCCUCAGGGCUCCAGGUGUCCUACCUGACUUGGGGCGUGUUGCAGGAAAGAGUCAUGACCCGCAGCUAUGGGGCCACCGCCACAUCACCAGGUGAACGCUUCACAGACUCGCAGUUCCUGGUGCUAAUGAACCGCGUGCUGGCGUUGGUUGUGGCUGGCCUCUACUGUGUCCUCUGCAAGCAGCCCCGCCACGGGGCACCCAUGUACCGGUACUCCUUUGCCAGCUUGACCAAUGUGCUUAGCAGCUGGUGCCAGUACGAAGCUCUCAAGUUCAUUAGCUUCCCCACGCAGGUGCUGGCCAAGGCCUCCAAGGUGAUUCCCGUCAUGCUGAUGGGAAAGCUGGUGUCUCGGCGCAGCUACGAGCAUUGGGAGUACCUGACAGCUGGCCUCAUCUCCAUUGGGGUCAGCAUGUUCCUGCUGUCCAGUGGACCAGAGCCCCGCAGCUCCCGGGCCACUACACUCUCAGGCCUCAUCUUACUGGCCGGCUACAUUGCCUUUGACAGCUUCACCUCAAACUGGCAGGAUGCCCUCUUCGCCUAUAAGAUGUCCUCAGUGCAGAUGAUGUUUGGUGUCAAUUUCUUCUCCUGCCUCUUCACAGUUGUCUCCCUGCUGCAGCAGGGCGCCCUGCUAGAGGGGACCCGCUUCAUGGGGCGGCACAGCGAGUUUGCUGCGCACGCCCUUCUGCUCUCAGUCUGCUCUGCGUGUGGCCAGAUCUUCAUCUUCUACACCAUUGGGCAGUUUGGGGCUGCUGUCUUCACCAUCAUCAUGACCCUCCGCCAGGCCAUUGCCAUCCUGCUCUCCUGCCUGCUCUAUGGGCACACCAUCACCGUGGUAGGGGGACUUGGGGUGGCUGUGGUCUUUGCUGCCCUCCUACUCAGAGUCUAUGCCCGGGGACGGCUAAAACAGCGGGGGAAGAAGGCUGUCCCCACUGAACCUCCUGUACAAGUCUAAGGGGACAGUGCCUGAGGCAAGCGAAAGGACCUCACCACACCAGUGUUCUCUGCCUCUGGCAGUAUCUUCUCAGUAUCAGACCAGCUGUUUGGAAAAGCUGUGGGGUGAGGAGGCAGCCUUUCUUUUGCCUUAAGACCCCAUCCAUUUGCCAGUAGUCCCAGGGUGGAGUUGAGGUGGAGGGGAUGCCAUUUGUUGGCCCAAGGUACUUAAGGGGUUCUGACCCCAAGUUCCCUGUCCUCGUCCCCUCCUGUUUACUCCAGGGAAGAGAAGCCUCAAGCUUCCCCAGGACAGUGGGGAUGGUGCUGGGCAGUCCUGCCCCUAGCACUGUCGGGGUCCUGGGCUCUGCCCCAGGAGCCACUUGCAGGUUUUAGUAUUUGGGAAAUGUUACUUCUUUUAACUUUAUUAAAAGAGCUGCAAUGGAA